CAUAUACACACUGUGCCACACACAUCAAAUUGAAAACAUAACCAGUCUUUCUCCCAGGAAUGGUAGGCAUCCUUCAGUGAAUGCUGACCUGUUCUAUGAGCCAAGGAGGGAGGGUCAGCGAGCGAGGGAGAGGGAGUACAGCUCCUGAAGGGAGGGAAGGUCUUAAGGAGAUUGAAAGAGGACCGGAGAGGGGAAGGACUGAACUGAAAGACGUAGAAGAGAGGAAGACGAGACAGAUACAGACAAGAAGAAGGGACCUGAGAUAGAGGAGGCCAGGGGACGUUGUUGAGAGUGGCCCCUCUCCUGUCCGGUUUCGCGUGCACAUUUCUGGGUACAGGACAGGACGAGGCCCCUCGGGGGCUGGAUCAUGGGACAGAGCCUUCGUUUGGAAACCCCAGCUCAGGACCCACAACAGCACAACAAUGGCGAUGAUGAAGUUGAGCAGCAGCACAGCACAAUGGGAGAGGGUGGCAGCACGGGGGAUGGUACCCCUCCCCCUAAACGCAAGGGCAAGUUCUCUACCCUUGGCAAGAUUUUCAAACCGUGGAAGUGGCGGAAGAAGAAAAGCAGCGAGAAGUUUAAGGAAACUUCAGAAGUUCUGGAGAGAAAGAUGUCGAUGAGGCGUACGAGGCAGGAGCUUAUAGAACAGGGAGUGCUGAAGGAGGUCCCGGACAACGAAGCCGAUGAUGCACAAAACCUGAAGCAGCCCUAUGUGAAGAAUGGCCACACUCUGCCUGUGAGUGGAGGAGGUGGAGUGGUCGGAGGAGUCAGCAGUGGCAGGAGCCCGUGCAACCAAGGGACGCUUCCCUCGGACUCAGACUUUAGGAUGAACCCAGCCUGGCUAGCCCAGCCAGAGGACCGCAGGGGGCGCUUUCCCAUGGAUGGUGACCGCCGGGGAGCUCAGGGCUCCAGGGGCACCGGACUGCAAGAGGAUGUGCGAAGAGGGGGAGGGGGAGGGGGUGGGCCACGUCUGCAUGUGGAAGGGGAGUGGAAGUCCAACAUGGCCUGGCAGGGUCAGAUCCAGGGCCAGAUGGAGGACGGGAGGCGUGGGGGCAGGCUUCACCCUGAAGAUGGGCAGAAGAGGCCUGGGCUGCAGAAGGCCCCAUCAGAGGACGGCAGGAGGAGUCGGCCUGCGGAAACUGACUGGAAGCCCACCCUUCCUCGACAUGCAUCUGCUGAGGAGGGGAGGGUCCGCAGAGAGUCCGACAGCCAUUUUGUCCCUGACCCUGAAGUGUUGCGGGACACCCUGCGGGAACCGCUGCCUCCCAAGCAGUCUGUCAUGCCUCCAAAAUGGUUGAUGACCUCCACUCCUGAAUCAGGCAGUGACGGAUCACCUCGCACCCCAUCCAACCACCCCACAAGCCAGUAUUCCUCCUCCUCCUCGGCUGUAGUGGUCAAGCCUGCUCGGACCAUCUCCUCCGCAGGUGGCAACCCUCAGAUACAGUCGUCAGCUGUGGCCUCCCUCGCCCCAGCCUCCACCCCGCAGGCCACCAAGCAGCCUCCCCUGCCCCCACCCAAGCCGGUUAACAGGAGCAACGCUACAAUGCUGGCCUCCGCCCUGCAGGGGGGAGAGAACUCCCAGCUUCCACUCUACUGGUCCUGCUGGAAGCGAGAGUGCGACUAUGAUGUCUACCUGUCCCUACCAGUCUACCUGUGCCGGCGGGCCGGAGGCCUGCGCUCAGGCGACCUCACCCAAGCCACUGGGGGUGCCAGUCUUGUGCCAGCCAAGCCCUCCCCACCAAUGCCCCCUAAGAGGACCACGCCUGUCACCAAACGCAACACGGAGGACACCUCUGCGCCAACUCAUGCCAUCAGCCCUUUGACACUUUCUCCAGAGGACCAUAGCAGCCUCCCCAUUGGUUUUCCGCUGCCUCCCCCUCCCCCGUCUCCCCCCCUGCCAACCCAUAUACCACCUUCUCCGCCCCGCCAGCACAUACAUACCCACCACCUCCACCAUCAGCACUCCUACCCACACCCACUGCCCCAGCCCAUACCCAUGCUGUUUGACCCACCAAGCCCCACCAAUGAGCCUCCCCAACGCCCAGCUCCUGUCCCGCUGCACAUCAUGAUCCAGAGGGCCCUGUCCAGUCCCGGCCCAGCCCAGCCCCAUCCAGACAGCUCACAGCGGGCGCACUCCCUGCUUUUUGAAACGCCUGCAGAGUACCAAGGAGAUCGUGGUCGCCCCCUGCCUGUCAGCAUCCAACCACUAAAACUAGCUGAAGACGACUACUCAGAGGAGGAGGAAGAAGAAGAGGAGGAUGAUGAGGAAGAGGAGGAGUAUGAUGGCGAGAUACCCCAGCCGGAGCUGGAGCCUCGGAGUCGCCGGUGCCUGAUCGGAGACUCCGGUGUUUGUGUCAUCCCGGAGGGAAGCAACAGCAGUGAGGAGGAUGAGGAGGACGAAGAGGACGAGGAAAGAGAGCAUGACAUGCAUGGGGAGGACAGUGACUCAGAUGGUCCUGUGCUUUAUAAAGAGGAAGACUCUGAUGAAGAUGAGGAGGAUGAGCCCCCACCUAGUGCCCUGGCCAGCAGGGUGAAGAGGAAGGACACCCUGGCUCUAAAGCUGAGCAGCCGUCCCUCUGCCCCAGACAGGGACAGGUUCACCCAGGACAGGAGCAGCAGGGACGACCAGCCUCCAGGACAGACUGGCCUGACCUGGCAGAGCAGGGAGCAGUGGGAGGCCAUCCGCACACAGAUUGGCACUGCACUCACAAGGCGACUCAGCCAGAGACCCACUGCUGAGGAGCUGGAGCAAAGAAACAUCCUUCAGCCCAAGAAUCAGGCUGACAGACAAGCUGAGGUCAGAGAGAUAAAACGACGGCUGACGAGGAAGCUGAGUGAAAGACCAACAGUUGCAGAACUACAGGCGAGGAAAAUCCUACGGUUCCACGAGUAUGUGGAAGUCACAAAUGCCCAUGACUAUGAUCGCAGAGCAGACAAGCCGUGGACCAAGCUGACUCCUGCUGAUAAGGCUGCUAUCCGGAAGGAGCUCAAUGAUUAUAAGAGCACUGAAAUGGAGGUUCACGAGGAGAGCAGAAUCUACACAAGGUUCCAUCGGCCUUAGCCUCCCCCCUCCUCCAGGAUAACGAAGCACUUAAGUUCUCUCUGGCGAGGAGCUGCUCCCUAUACAGACCGACAGACAGCCCCUUUGUUUCCCGAAUGUACCGUACAGAAAAUCAGGGACAACCUGGAACUGACUAACAACAGGAAUGCUCCUCCCUUCCCUCCAUCACCCUCUCACUACAUUGCUUUGACUAAACUUGAGGUGGUGGGCGGCGAGGACCAGAUGCAGUAUUUCUCCCGGACAAUAUAUAUAUUAAAAAAAAAAAGGGGGAACCACGUGCCAAUGAGGGUGGUGGCAGAGGACUCACAGGGCUUACUCUCACUCUGCUAUUAUGUGGUUUCCCUCAGGGACUUGGAUCUCGUCACAACCUUUAACGCGGCCUCAUUCUGUUGCCUUUUCUCUUCUUUACUCUGUAUGGAAACGCUAACUCAUCUCGUUGACGUAAUAACACACAAUAAUAAUAGUAAUAAUAACGAUGGUGACAGUAAUAAUAUACACAGUAAUAAUAGAUUAUAGAGACAAAAGGCUGCAGCGCGAGCGGGCAGGAGGAUGAAGACUGGGAUGUGCCAUUGUAAGGCUGGACAUGCUCUGGGAUAUUGUGUGUAUUUUAUAUAAUUGUGUAUAGAUUGCAAUUGUGAUACCUUAGAAUGAAACUUGGAGAGAUCUAAUAACAAAAUAUUCUGUAAUGCACAAGAUAUUUUAUAUUGUAAUUUUGAUCACAUGAAUAGUGACGGCUGUUAUUUGAGCCUUUUUUUUAUUUGGCUUGCCUGUAUUUAUGGUUGUGAUGUGAGGUGGCCAUUUGAGCAUCAAUCUAGAUAUAGAAAAAGGAGCAAGUCAGGAGGCAGUUGGUUUUGAUGUGUGCCAACGUCACCUCUAUGCCUAAAGGACUAUAGAGUACUGGUUUUCAUAUCACUGAUUUCUGCAAUCCACUGCAUGAGCCAACACAGAGUCCAGCGCCACUGGACCUGGAUAAUCUUUCUUCAUUUCUACUUUUUUUAUGAGUUUUUGUACUUCCCUUUAAAGAUCCAACAUGCAGUGCAUUCUGUAGCCAUUUUGGAUAAGGUCAUGCUAGUUACAGCUAUACUAAGAGUUAAAAGUCGCAAAAGUUACAGAAUAUCUCAAAUUGCUGUGAGCGUAGAUCAGGGAUUUAUCAAAAAAAAAAAAAAAAAAAUCAGAAAAUGAAUCAACGGUCAACAGGGAGUCAUUUUGGCAGGAAUAUUUUAAAACUGCAGAAGUGUUUAUCAUGUGUUGUUGUCUGGCCAGUAGCUUACAGGGUUCUCUAUGCUGUGUACAGGUUGAUAUAGGUUUAACUGAUGCUUGUGUAUAUCUUGUCUUCCUUUCAUUUGAAAAGAAAUUUUAAAUAUAAUAAAAAGUAUUAUAGGUUGCUAUUUUUUUAAGCACAAAAUAUUAGUGUAUGAUUAAGUGCUACAAGAAUGGGAAUAUGAAAGUGUACCUUUUCUGUAAAAUUAAGUUCAUUUUUUAACUGAAUGUGGAAUUCUAUGGACUGACUUUAUUUUCUUUUUAGUUGUAAAUAGUCACAUCUGGGUCUAAUUAAAAAUCUUACAAUUCCUUGA